AGAGCCCCACAUACACAGAGCUGGCACGGGUUCCCCUGCUGGCACGGGUUAUUACAGCCGGUGGGUUGUCCCGGGCCAGGCCUCGCCUCCCCGCUCUGUCACUUCCUGUCCCGGACCGGCCGGUCUCGGCUGCUGUCGCCCUGGGUUCAGGCCUGUGUGGCCCCCGAUGGAUUUUACUUAGUGCGGCUGGAAGCAGUGCGUGCCCCCCAGCCAGCCCCGCACCAUGUCGUCGCCCUCCCCGUGCCCGGCCCUGUGCUGCUGCCGGCGCCCGCUGCACCCAGCCCCAGCCCUCCCCCAGGGCUCCCAGCCGGGGCCUCCAGACCCAGCCUCGGCUUCCAGCUUCCAGCUCUACCGCCUGCACCACUUCCACCUGGGCCUGGAGCUAAGGCCGGAGAGCCGGGACCUGGCUGGCUGCCUGGUUCUGGAGCUCAGCCCUCUCUUGCCCGGAGGUCCGGCCUUGGUUCUGGACAUCCACCCAGCCUUAAGGGUCAAUUCUGUUCGGUGCCGCCGAGGGGAUGUCAGAGAGCAGAGCAGGAAUCCCCACUGCUUCCCAAACCCAUGCACCCCCCCCAAAAAAACCCACCCCUGUCCCCCUAGCCACCAGGCUAAUGUGCCCCCUAGCCACCAGGCUAAUGUGCCCCCUAGCCACCAGGUUAAUGUGCCCUCCAGCCAACAGGCUAAUGUGCACUCCUGGACUCCUCCUGAGGACACAGCAGCUGCAUUUUCUGACAGCCCCAAAUCUGAUGAUGAGUUGGAGCACCCAGGUUCUCCUGCCAGCCCCCCAACCACUGACCAUUUGUGGUAUGUGACCCCUGACUCGCCCACACUGAGCCCAAACUCAUCAGAGUUCUCACCAGUGGUGACUCCAGAACCCUUGGACCUUUCAGUUUCAAGGACAACUGUAGCAACUUCCUUCCCCAGCAUUGUGCCUGGCAUAACAAACUUAUCUGGUGUUACAGAGCGUGCCCCUUCCCCUGCCAUUUCAGUUUGUCAGUGCCCAACUACAAAUGGACACAGAGGUCCACCAUCCUCAUUAAGACUCGCCGGUCAGGCCUCACUACCUCCUGUGACUGUCCCUCACUCUCCUGCUGCUGAUCUGUCUUCCCACUCAUCCUGCUCAUGUCACACAAUUUCAUCUGAUUCUGAUGUGUCUUCACCACCACAGAAAAAAAGCUUCGCAAGUUCAGCACCUCCGCCAUACUUCCCAUCAAACAUUCCCAAUUUGGAUGCUUGGCACAGCACUUUCGGUCCGCCAUGUGGGCUCCAUGGUGCCAGUGAUUCUGGACCCUCAAAUUCCACUUGCUGUUUCCCAUUGGACUUCAGGGUUGACGAGUUCACAGAUUAUGGUUCUGCACUCACGAUAACAGUGCCUGAAACUUUAGGAACCAACGAGACUUUCCAAAUUAUUGUGCAUUAUGUUACUGGGGAGGGCCCUGCAGUAUGGUGGCUGGAUCCAGAACUGUCCUACGGAAGCUCUCAGCUUUUUGUGUUCACUCAGGGACACUCUGUUUGCAAUCGAUCAUUCUUUCCUUGCUUUGAUACACCAGCUGUCAAGUGUACUUACUCAGCCUCUGUUAAGGCUCCUGUCGGAAUCCAGGUUCUCAUGAGCUGCACUCACAGUUAUUACAUGGAAGAACUUGGCGUGCAUUACUUCUAUAUGGAGCAUCCUGUUCCUGCCUACUUAGUGGCCCUAACUGCGGGUCACUUGCAACCAGCAGAUGUUGGUCCCAGGAGUCGUGUAUGGGCUGAGCCGUGUGUGCUACCAUUGGCUGUGGGGAAACUGGCUGGACGAGUGGAACAAUGGCUUCAAGCUGCUGAGCGCCUCUAUGGGCCUUACAUCUGGGGAAGGUAUGAUAUCGUCUUCCUGCCUCCAUCCUUUCCAAUUGUUGCAAUGGAGAAUCCGUGUCUGACAUUCGUAAUCUGCUCAAUCCUGGACAGUGAAGACUUCCUGCUGAUUGAUGUCAUUCACGAAAUUGCACAUGGUUGGUUUGGGAAUGCUGUGACAAAUGCCAGCUGGGAGGAGAUGUGGCUGAGUGAAGGCCUGGCAACCUAUGCUCAGCGUCGCAUAACCACUCAUGUCUAUGGUGCUGCUUUCACCUGCUUGGAGUCCACCUUCCGACUGGAAGCUUUGCAUAGACAGAUAAGAAUCCUUGGCCAGGAUACACCAUUCAGCAAACUGCAGGCCAAAUUGGAUCCAGGUGUGAACCCCAGUAACCUCAUGAACUUAUUCACCUAUGAGAAGGGCUUCUGCUUUGUGCACUAUUUAUCCCAAUUAUGUGGGGAUCAAGACACUUUUGACGCCUUCCUCAGGGAUUACAUUGAGAAAUUUAAGUUCCGCAGUGUUUUAGCUCGUGAUCUCCUGGAAUCCUAUCUUGGCUUUUUCCCGCAAUUAAGAGGAGAUGGGACAGAGAAGAACGUUGACCUGGAGUUUGAGCGUUGGUUGACUGCCCCUGGACCUCCUUUGGCGCAGCCAGAUCUUUCUCAGGGAUCUGUAUACACUGCUCCAGUGGAAGCACUAAGUGAGCUCUGGUUGACAGAUCCAUUGGAUGUUGAAGCUGCAACAACGUAUGCCAAUAUUGCUGAAUGGCAAACCUUCCAGACUGUGCUGUUCUUGGACAGGCUUCUAGACAGGUCUCCAUUACAACCAGAGGUAAUGCUGCAUCUGGCUCUGUGUUAUUCUGAUGAUAUUGCCACUAUGAACACAGAGAUCAGGAUACGCUGGUUGCAGAUUGUGGUGCGGAACAACUUUCAGUCAGACCUGCCUCAAGUACGCCACUUUCUCCUCUUCCAGACAUCUAGGAUGUAUACCAUCCCUCUGUAUGAGGAUCUCAGCGCUGGACCACUGAAGUCGUGUGCCCUGGAAAUAUUCUAUCAGACGCACAGCAGGUUACAUCCAAACCUGCGCAAAACAAUCCAGCAGAUCCUGACUCAGGGAGGCUCCGUGGUGGUGCAAUCAGACAUGUUGCCAGUCCUGACCUCUGAACUUUGCACACAAGGCCCCAACUCUCUCAGGGAUGUUAAUGUGACAGCAUAACUGCUAGUCUCUAUCGUCAAACUGGCUCUAAAUCUGUCCAGACUGUGCCUUGCACUGAUCAGGACAGAGAGACAGAAUGCAAGGAAUGUUUGCACUGAGAAGGAGACAAGUAAACUCCUCUCUCAGCCUAUAACACUCAGGAGGGGAUCUUUCAAACCCCAACAACAGAACUUUCUAUGCCUAGCAAUUGGAGAGUAGAAAGGUGCCAAUUGGGAAGUGUGUACUUAUGUAAAUCUAUAUCUACACACAGAUGUUUUCAUUUUUUUCUGGAAGUACAGAGCAUGUAAUAGGCCUGAACGAAUUCCAGACUUCUAUGCAUUUUUACACUUUCUAUUUGAGGUUUUACUUUAAUGGUAUUUAAUGGUAUUUAAGUACACCCUGAACCCUUUUUUGAAAUGGUGACUUUGUAAUGAUUAAAAUAGCAACUCAAAUGCUGCUUCUCCUGAAAAUACCUGCCUUGCAAAGUGGUUCAGGAAUAUAGGAGUUCUGAUUAAUGUUUGCGUUGUUGUAGCAGCCAGACGUGACAUGUAGCCAGCUAACUCCAGUUUUCAGUACAAAGUGACUGAUCAUUUAUAAACCAAUCAGGAUGUCCGUUUUAUCAGAUUUUAAUUGCUUUUCCCGGUAGUGUAAAGUGAUGUUUUAAAGAUAUUUUUUCUUGCCUAACAUCAGGUUAAACCUAACCCAAACUAUAUUGCAAUGUAUAGAUUAAUUCAGAAGCUCUAUUUACCCCUACCCCCUCCACCUUUCAUUAGCAUUUGUUUGCACAUGCAGUUUUUCUUGGGACCUGAAUGGCUUUAAGGCCAAACGUUUCGGCUUUACCAAGGCUAAAGGUGACCCAUAAUGUUCUGCCUCCAAGCAAUAACUUUGAAGAUCCGCUUCCAUUUUUGGUGGUUUUAUAUUUGAAAGUAUGCCAGCGAAAUGCAUGCCUUUCCAGUUAGCCCUAAUUCCUGGGUAUGGAGCAGAGACAGUUGAAGUAGUACAUUCCAGAACUGGACAGUGGGAUUUUUUUUCUUAACCCACUAGAUUCUGGUCUGUCUACAUCCAUUGGAAAGAUGUUGUAAAGUUCAUGUUUAAUUACUGGAACAGGUUACCUGGGACAGAACACAGGAUGAAACUGUUGACUUCUUUUGAUGUUUUUCUUUUCUGUUUUCUUGUUUUUUGUGUUUUUUUUUUGUUUUUUAUUUUCCUUUUUGUUUUUUUAAUGUUAUUUUUAAAUGGCAUAGAAGAGCUAAAAAAAAAUAAAACAGAGUGGUGAAUAUUU